AUGGGGUUUGCUUGGACAAAUGUCAGUUUGUCCCAGCCGGAUAUAACGCAAAAACUGACGGAGCGCAUAGAUGAUCUGAAGCAGAGAAUCGCUGCUUGGGGAAAGCGGAUUCGGCGAUAUACCGAGAGGUCGACACAGUUCAACCAGAAUAGUCUCUUCCAGAGUGAUCAGAAGAGGCUCUAUGAAUCAUUAGAGCGACCAAUGGUAGGUGGAACGGGCCCAGCACCGAAUCAGGCCGACAAUGUAGCAUUCUGGCGCGGCCUGUGGUCAGAGCCCGUAAACCACAGCGAGGGCCCUUGGACCGAAGUUGUGGCGAGUCAGUGUGCGAGUAUAACACCAAUGGACCCCGUCAUUAUAACACCGGAUGACGUAGCUCAGGCGGUCCGUAGGGCCCCGAACUGGAAAAGUCCGGGACUCGACGGGCUGCAUCACUACUGGCUGAAGGGGUUCGUGUUCACAACAGCAGUAUGCGGUCGAGAGGUGUACAAAGACCUGAAAUUGUCAAUUAUUAACAUCAUAAUAAAUAACUGGUAUGUGUCGUCAUAUAAUGUGCUGUGA